AUGGCAGUCCAGUUUGAGCAAGAACCACAGUACGAUGUCUCCUCGCUAUCGCAGGCGGAAGACGGGCGAGCAAAGGCCCAGCCCGAGGACUGGAAGCCGUCCGGUCAUGAGAUUCUCAUCAUCAUCACACUGGCUAUCGUCAGUCUACUCGUGGCGCUGGAUGCUAGCAUCAUCGUGACGUCUCUUGGUGCAAUGGCCAACGAGCUCCAAGCCGACACGACGGCGGCCUUCUGGAUCGGGACGUCGUACCUGCUCGUCAACGCCGUGACCAUGCCGGUCAUCGCGGCGCUGUCCGAGAUCUUCGGCCGGCCCAUCUGCCUCGAGUUCGCCCUGGCCGCCUUCACGCUCGGCACCGUGCUUUGCGCCACGUCGCACAGCGUCGCCGUCAUGCUUCUCGGCCGCUGCGUCCAGGGCGUCGGCGGCGGCGGCGUGCACGUGCUCAGCGGCGUCAUCCUGACCGACAUCGUGCCGCUGCGAUUCCGGCCCAAGUGGUUCGGCGUCGUGCUGGGCGCCUGGGCCCUGGGCACUUGCGUCGGGCCCCUCAUCGGCGGCGCCAUCGUCCAGAACACGACUUGGCGCUGGGUCUUCUACCUCAUGUUCCCCAUCUGCGCCUACGGGCUCGUCGCCGUGCCGCUGCUGCUGACGCUGGCCCCGCGCGCCGAGUCCUUCCGCGACAAGCUGUUGCGCGUUGACUGGUUCGGCAGCUUCCUGUUCAUGGGCAGCGCCACCAGCUUCCUCGUCGCCAUAUGCUGGGGCGGCACCCAGAAGCCGUGGGACAGCGCCGCUGCCAUCGCCCCGUUGGUCCUCGGGUUGCUGGGCCUGGCGGCGACGCUGGUGUGGGAGGCUCGGUUCGCCAGGGAGCCCAUAUUCAAGCGGGAGCUGUUCAAUAACGUGAGCAGCACCAUCACGUACGUUUGUGGUGGCGCUCAGGGAUUCUUGAUGUGGGGUUGUUUCUACUACUUCCCAUUCUAUUUCAUGUCCGUGAUGCAGACGACACCUCUCACGGCCGGAGUCAACUUGCUCCCAGCCGUGUUGAUCACUGUGCCCGGAUCCAUCAUCACGGGCCGGCUGGUGACACGGUACAACAACUACCGCAUUUUCGUGUGGGUAGGGUGGGCUGUGGCCGUGUUGUUCUCCAUCCUCAGCGUGGUCUGGCGGUUCAUUGACGUCACAACGGCCGUGUGGGCUAUCUCUUUCGUCUUCUUCGGUCUCGGUCAGGGCAUGGUGCUCAACGCGCAGCAGUUCGCCGUCCAGGCCAUGUGCCCCGCCGGCGACGAGGGCCACGCCGCUAGCAUGUACCUAUUCCUGCGGCAGUUCGGCGCUGCAGUCGGCGUUGGUGUCGGCGGGUCGACGUUCCAGAACGUCAUGGCUCUGAAGCUGGGCUGGGAAGGCCUGCCGAUUGAGAUCGCGGCCCAAGCCGAAGGCUACAUUGCCGAACUGCACCAGUUGCCCGACGACAGCCCUGUUAAGGCCAAGAUCAUCGACGCUUACCGCUUCGGCUUCGCCGGCGUCUUCCAGGUCUACCUCGGCGUAGCUGCCGUGGCGCUGCUCCUCAGUCUACUGUUUGUCAAACACUACAGCCUAGACCGUGAUCUGGGAACGGAACACGUGCUCAAGGAAAGCAAGACGAGCAAGAUGCUUGUUGGCGAGGGGGGAGCCAGCUCACGAGCUUUGAGUGGAUCGUCUACAGCUCCGCCGUCGAGGUCGAGUUCUAAUACGGAGAUGAGUAACAGCAGCAUGCACGCCAUGGCAGAGGCACAGCCCCUGGAUAUGACAAAGUACGGUUGGAAUCCUGUGGCUGCAUCCGAUCUGGAGCCAAUAUACCCACAGUGCGGCUCUCACCCUGCCGUAAGUUUGGUUUAUACAGAGUACACCCCGUACGCCCCAACAUCCGGCUACAUGACGGUGGACAACGCGUAUAAUCCCUCGCGCUACCCUGCUUACUCGGCCGCAUCGGGGAGCUCGAUGCCGGACACUGGAUCGUGUGACGCCAGCCAUCAAUAUGCGCAGCCGGGUGGGUACAUGUCACAACGAUAUUAG